CCCGAAGCAAGUCGGUCGCGGUUCCGCCGGCGCUCGCCAGGAGGGGGAUCCGCUUCGCCUUCAUGCCUCCAGCCCGGGUGCCCUAAGCUGACCCUUCCCUUGCUGCACAGCCAUGGGAGAUGGAUGGCUCUUCUUAGAGGAUAGCCCUCGCAACAGAUCGAACUUCACGGCUCAGGCUGGCCUGAGACCCCACAACGCCUCAACUGACUUGGAUCUUCCUGGCAGCUGGAAAGCUGAGGAGUUGCCCCAGCAGUGGGUGGUGGGCAUGAGCCUCCUGAUGUCUUUGAUGGUGACGUUCAUUGUUGUGGGCAACGGUCUGGUGAUUGCAGCCAUUGGGAGGACACAGCGGCUGCAGACCCUCACCAACGUCUUCAUCACCUCCCUGGCUUGUGCUGACUUGGUGAUGGGCUCCGUGGUGGUAUCCUUUGGUGCCACCCUAGUAGUGCGAGGCUCGUGGCUGUGGGGCUCCUUCCUAUGUGAAUGCUGGAUUUCAGUGGACGUCCUGUGCGUGACAGCAAGCAUAGAGACACUGUGCGUCAUUGCAAUUGACCGUUACUUGGCCAUUACUUCACCCUUCCGCUACCAAAGUCUCAUGACGAAGAGGCGUGCCAAGAUCAUUGUCUGUGUUGUCUGGGCCAUUUCUGCCUUGGUGUCCUUCUUGCCCAUCAUGAUGCACUGGUGGAGGGAUAAAAGCCCUGAGGCUUGGAACUGCUACAACAACCCCAGCUGUUGUGACUUUGUCACCAACAGGGCAUAUGCUAUUGCAUCCUCUGUCAUCUCCUUUUACAUCCCUCUUUUUGUUAUGAUUUUUGUCUACAUUAGGGUCUUCAGAGAAGCCAAGGAGCAGAUGAAGAAGAUUGAUAGGUCUGAGGGCAGGUUCUACAAUAAUCAGCAGCAGCACCAGCAUCCAGCCCACCAGCACCUGCCUAUCUUGGGUAAUGGCCAAACUAGUAGAAGAAAAACAUCCCGGAUUCUAGCUAUAAGGGAACAGAAAGCUCUUAAGACUUUGGGCAUCAUCAUGGGGGUCUUUACUCUCUGUUGGCUACCCUUUUUCUUGGUCAAUAUAGUCAAAGUCUUCAAUAGAGGGCUUGUACCAGACAAGCUCUUUGUAUUCUUUAACUGGUUGGGCUAUGCCAACUCUGCCUUCAAUCCCAUCAUUUACUGCAGGAGCCCUGAUUUUCGUAAGGCCUUCAAAAGGAUGUUGUGCUGUCCUAGAAAAGCAGACCGGAGGUUGCAUGCCAGCACUGGAGAGCUCUCUCGCUACCCUGGAGGUUUCAUCAGUACCCUGGGAAAUACUGCUCCAUGCACUCUUGGAGGGACAUGGUCUGAUUACAAUGGUGGUGUGCAGGAUGGAAGUGACUCCAGCUUGGAGGAAGGGAACAGUAAAAUCUCCUAUUCAGAGUCCAAGGUAUAAAGGGCAUAUGGUGAGUGGGAUAAAAGAAAUGGGAGGGUAUGUUGCAUAUUGCAGAGCAAGAAAGGGAGCCAGAACAAUAGGCAGGACAGGAAAAAUAAACAAUUCAAAACAUCUUAAAAGAACACAUCAGGAGACUGGCUGAUAUUCAAAACUCCAGACUGACUUUUUCUCAAUUGGAAGAAGACAUUAUUUACCUGAGGUGCAAAGCAGGUGAACUUGCAUACAGCUUACCUCUUCUGACUCAUCCCAAAUUGAAGGAAACAGAGCAACUGAUCAUUGAACAUGGGAGAUUAACUAUCCAUUUUCCAAGCCAUUUGGAUUAUUAGUAUGUAUGCUGCAAAGGGAGGGGGGGAAGGUUAGGUAAGAAGGUGUUGGUGUGCCAGGAAAGGAACAAAAGCAAGUUGGAAGGAGUUUGUAAAAGAAAUGUUUCAGGAAGAGCUGAAUUUGUAGCAAGGAUUCAGCCUAAAAGCAAUGGAAAAGCAAGGCAGGGCUCUCCUGAUAUUGGAGGAAAUAGGAAGAAGCCCUUGGCUGACAGUUUAAUUUUAGAGCUAGAGAUAACGCCCUUUAGUUGUUUUUACUAUUACUGGGCAUGUCAGUGGCAUAAGUAGCCUUUUUUGUUUUUAAUUUAUUUAAUCCUUUGCAAAAAGGAAAGGAAAAGAAGUAGUGCUGGACACCUGUUUAUCUUUCCUGAAAUUGGUGUGAGUUUCAGGCAGGAAACAAUUUUAGAAACCCUGCUUAAAGUCUCCUUGAAUAAGCCACUGAAACAUUUUCUGAUGAGUUUUGUUGUGCAGUCUCAUCAUCCCAUGCAUGUUUAGUGGGAAGCGAGUUGGAUGAAUCUUGUUCCCAAAUACAGUAGGUGCUCAUUAGCCUGUAGCCUUGAAAACCUACAUGCCCCUUAAUAUCUGAGAAGGAAGAUCCAACAGUGAUUCUGCUAACGGAGAGCAUUUUGUUUUGAUCCAGUUUCUCUCGGGUUUGGUCCUUUCACUCCCAUGAUGUCGGGGUGAGAGGUGUUGCUUUACUUAUCAUAUGAGACAUCAGCAGUAAGGCUAUAAAACAUCUACCUCAAGCUGUGCAUAUUGUACAGGGAAAAUGUGUUUAUAUUAAACAGCUUAUUUAUGUAUUGCUAGUUAAGGAUUUUUUAAAAUAAAAAUAGAGUCAGGUGUAUCUCAAUAGACAAAUUGUUCACAUUGAAAAAUGAAAGAGAAAAAUUGGCUACGAGCACCAGAAAUACAACUGCACAUUUGAAAAGAAUGAGAGAUUUUUUUCUUUUGCACAGUAUUAACAAAGUUCUCUCUGUUACUCUCUCUUUCUCUCUCUCUCUCACACACACACACACACACACAGACAAACACACAUUCUUAUAGACCAACCCACUGGAAAACACAGCAGAUUUCAACUUGAUUUCUAUUGCUGGCUGAUAUGUUGUUGUUUUAUUUUUUUUUAAACCAUUUUAUAUGAUUUAAUGGAGGUACUGUAAGUAUGUUCAUAUCCAAGAGUUUCUAUUAGUAACUUCUUUAAUUCCCAGGAAAUCAGGCGAACCUUUUGUCAAUUUAGUACUUCAUUGUCUUUCUCCAUUUUACUUCUGUGCAUUUGUGUGUCUGUGUGUCUGUGUAUGUGAGAGACUGUGUGCACAUGCAUUUUACAGUGUAUUUAUAUUCUUUGGGUGCCGUUUACUACUGUAUGUCAUUGGUCUACGUGCAAUAAAAUACACCACAGCACAAGCCAACGUAUUUACAAUGUGUCUUUAGAAGUGCAGGAAUUAUAUCCAUUUCUGAUAGAAAAACAGUGUCUGUUUUGCUGAAAAUGUAGAUCAUGUUACCAAUACAGUUGAACUUAAUGGCUUUUCCUGACAUAAUUGUCUUUUUAAAAAAUAAGCUUGCUGUACCAAAUAAGGUAGCAUUCCUGUUAGACUGAAGACUGUUGACUUCUCCUGAAAUUCCAGAGCCAAAAGCAAAUCAUUUCCAGCUUGCCUAUAAAUACAUUAGCUACCUUUUUUGAUAGGUGGCUCUUACCAAUUUAAUCUACUCUGAUAAUAAGAAAAGCUGAAUGAGAUGGCUGGAGAUGGUGCACGAACUGUGUGGAUUUCCUUUGAAAACUGACUUAGGAAGGAGAGAUUAACCAUGCUUUGAUAUACACAAGCCAUAAACUGUUUACGUACAAUAAAUCUUACCGAUCUCUGUGAUGUACUGGAGCUACAUAAUAAUCCAGAAUAAGAUUUUAAAACAAUCCAGAAUAAGGACUGGAGCUGCACGUCUCUAACUGCUUUACCUCACUGCACUUUUGGAAAAGUUUAAGUAUCAUAAAACAGAUAUCACCAUUAAAAUAGGAAGUAAAUAAGUUGAGAAGGACAACCAAAACCUAAUUAUUAUGAAGAUGCUCAGUGUAUUGCCAUUUUUUGUCUAUUUUUAAAUAAAAGCUGGUGAUAAGUAAAGACUGUUAUUUAAUCUUAAAUCUCAUGAUGCUAAGAAACUAUCCCCCACAAAAG